UAACAGAAGCUAUAGAGGUAUCAACCACAUCAGCAAUAACAUUGCAACCAUUAGUGCUGAUAACUACAGCCAGAGCUACAAAUGAAUCCAUCACAAAUGAUUCCAUGCCUUCUUCACCUAGUCCUACACAAAAAAUAACACCAAGUACAACAAUUCAACCACCAAUAAAAGUGACCACUACAGCAGUAGAUAAAAAUGACAGCACAGCAAAUGCUACACAAACAAGUGGAACGCCAUUGGCACAGAAUGAGAGUUCAGAUGCUUCAUCUACCAAGGGAUGGUCUUUUUCUUCUACAGUCUCUGUACAAAAUAAUACUUCUACUCCUGGAACCUCAGGCUUUCAUAUGAGCACCCCAACAAAAUUAACAACUUCUGGCAGUCCUGCAAGCACUUCUGGAAAUGACAGAGCACCAAGGAGUGAUAUCCACUAUUCUAGUGUUAUUCUGCCAAUUGUCAUCACCUUGAUAGUCAUUACCCUCGCUGUCUUCUCCCUGGUGGCUUUAUACAGAAUGUGCCAGAAGAAAACUCCAGAGAGACAAGAGAAUGGCACUGAACAGGCCCAGUCAGAUAAAGAAGGAGUCAAACUUCUUUCUGUGAAGACAACUUCUUCUGAGACUG